AAGAACUGGAUCUACCCAGAGGGUGUGCCAGAGAGGGCAUACCAGGUGGCCAUUGUGGAGCAGGCCCUGCUGAAGAACACCCUGGUCUGCCUGCCCACGGGCCUGGGCAAGACCUUCAUCGCUGCUGUGGUCAUGUACAACUUCUUUCGCUGGUUCCCUGAGGGCAAAGUUGUGUUCCUGGCUCCCACAAAGCCGCUCGUGCACCAGCAGAUGGAUGCUUGCCAGAAGUUCAUGGGCAGCUCCAAGGGCAACAGCAUCGUGCUGGAUGGCGGCGUGAACAGGGAGAACCGCAUCGUCCAAUGGGAUUCUCCCCACAAGCGCAUCAUCUUCGCCACCCCCCAGACCUUCAAGAACGACGUCUGCACAGGGGUGUGCCCGCUGGAGAAGAUCACAUGCGUGGUGGUGGACGAGUGCCAUCGGGCCGUGGGCAAGAAUGAUGCCGUGGCGGUCAUCGAGAAGCUGCGCUCAGAGGGCUGCAAAUUCCGCGUUCUGGGGCUCAGCGCGACACCUGGCAGCAAGAGGGAGGCAGUGCAGGAGGUUCUGCAGAAUCUGAUGAUCUCGGCGAUAGAGUUCCGGGGCGAGGAGGACGCUGACGUGGUGCCGUACCGGCAC